UUUGAAGUUUUGCGUACCCACAAUCUCAAUUAACGAAUGAAACUUUCUGCUUUACAAAUUAGUAAAAGGCCAUUGCUGUCAAAUAACCGAAGAUGAGUAGAACCAACAAAAAACAUAUUUAGUUGUUUCUGAAAGAUUAAACAUAUACUGAUUAAUUUUAAUAAUACAAAUAAACCGUAUUUCAUUAAAACAUGAUGAUGAAUAAAAAAAUCAAUGGCGGAAAUAACCAAUGAAAUGAAAAAUUCUGCUCCACUAGAAAUUGAUGUAUCAUUUAGUCAUGCUAUUAUAAAAGAAGCUAUCAAAACUAAGUUUUCAAAUUCAAAAAAUAAAAUAACAAACGAAUCAAUUGAACUAGUUUCAGAAAUAGCUAAAGUUUUAGUAACAGAAGCCUUAAUUAGAGCUAUUAAACAGGCAAAAAUGGAAUUUCGAUCAAAAGUUACUAUAGAACACAUGGAAACAAUUCUACCCCAGCUUAUAUUGGAUUUUCCAUAAGGGAGAUCUUGGAACUAUCUAUUUUGAUCUAUUUCUGGUAUGGUGUAAAAAUCCAAUAGCUUUAGAUUAAAACUAGUAAUAAUUACUAAAAUGUUUGUAUUAUUGAAAUAAUAUAUUUAUUAUCUUUUAUAAUCUGGCUAUGUUUUUUAA